CCCAAGCCCUGUUCCUCCUGCUCACCCGUUUCCUCUCUAAUCUCCUCUCUCCGUCUCUCUCAAUCGGCAUUGCUCUCUAUCUAAUUCUCUCUCUCUCUCUGCUCUCAAACUCACACAAACACUCAAAUUUCUUCAAUCAAAACCCUAAAUUUCCCUCUCUGCAUCAUCCUCUUCAUCUAACGCACAGUUUUUCAUUUCACUUCCUUUGUAUUCUCUAAUUUUAUAAUCUGCCGUCUCUCUGUAUCUCUCGCUUCGAUCUCUAAACUCGGUUCCCUUUGUCGUUUGGUUCUCUCAUUCCCGUUAUCAUUCACGACCGUCUCGAUGGCUGACCGUAAGCUCGAUCUGCCCGAUGAUCUCCUUAUCUCUAAACCCUCCGAUCACUCCUCCUGGAACCCUAAAGUUGAUGCGACUGGAAAUGAUGUGGAGAAGCUUCAUGUCGGAUUGCAUGAUGACACGAAAGAUCAAUUGGCAUCUGAAAGCAGCAUUCCUUUAUCUCCUCAGUGGCUCUAUAGCAAACCAAAUGAGACCAAGGACACUCGUGCUCUAAGUGCAAUGUCUCUCGGCAAUACCAAUGAUGUCAGCCAGAAGGAAGGAUGGCGUUUGGAAGGAACCGAUGACAAAAAAGAUUGGAGAAGGAUUGCUACUGAGAAUGAAAGCAGUCGCCGCUGGCGUGAAGAGGAAAGGGAAACCGGCUUACUGGGUGCUCGAAGAGAUCGUAGGAAAACAGAACGCCGUGUUGAAAAUGUUUCAGUCAGAGAAACGAUGGAGAAUAGAGUUAUGCCAUCCUCUGAUCGAUGGCAUGAUGGAAGUGCCCGUAACUCUGGGCACGAAGCACGCAGAGAUAGCAAAUGGUCAUCCCGGUGGGGUCCUGAUGACAAAGAAAAGGAGCCCCGGACAGAGAAAAAGACAGAAACAGAGAAAGAGAAAGAAGAUGCUCAUAGCGACAAUCAAUCAUCUACUAUUAGCAACCGUUCAGUUUCUGAGCGCGAUUCGGAGUCUCGUGAUAAGUGGAGACCACGGCACAGAUUGGAGGUUCAUUCUGCUGGGUCUACUUCCUAUCGAGCUGCUCCUGGAUUUGGAGGUGAGAGGGGGCGGGGUGAUGGUUCAAAUCCGGGAUUUGCUGUAGGCCGAGGAAGGUCAAAUGCUAUUGGUAGGGGUUUAUCUGUAGGCUCUGCUACCAGUGCUCAGUCACACAAGAGUGGAGGUGUAAUUGGAAAACCAAAUCUUACAGUGGAGACGUUUUGCUAUCCGAGGGGUAAGCUUCUUGACAUUUAUCGUCGGCAGAAAUUUGAUUCGUCGUUUGGUGCAUUGCCGAAAGAGAUGGAGGAAUCUUUUCCAUUAACCCAAGAUGGUGGUGUUGAACCAUUUGCUUUUGUUGCUCCUGAUUCUGAAGAAGAGGCGGUACUCACUGACAUAUGGAAGGGUAAGAUUACAAGUAGUGAGGUAGCUUACAACUCAUUUAGAAAGGCGAGGUCCACUGAAAAUGUUUCAGGUGUUGGUGAGGGUAAAUCAGGUACCCUUCCCUCAUUUUCUUCUGAAGAGACUGCUGAUCUGGUUCAAGAUGCUGCUAGCAAUGGUGCUUAUCAAAUUGAUGUUGAUCCAUCAUUAUGGAACCAUGCUUCACAUUCAAAUGUCUUAGAUGAAAGAGAUUCUGGUCAUGAAGAGGAAAAUAAGGUAACUGGUGAUGCUUUCACUGCCCCUGCUUUGGGAAGCGAUGGUGGUUGGAAUAUGAAAGAGAUCAGCACUUCUUCCCCGGCAGAUUCACAGUUUGCUAUUGGCGAAAAUGGGCAGAUGAUGAACUCUGCUAUGACUAGACAUUUUCUUUCUGAUGGCAAUGAGUCUGUUUCUUUUUUCAAUUCUAAAUCUAAGCUUCCUGAUGAUUCAAACUCUCUAUUUGUUCUUCCCUCUGCUGAUCAAGAUCAUCAUGGCACUAUGUCACUCUUGGAGAAUAGAAGUGAAACAAAAGACCUGGAUAGGGAUACUCUUCCCGAGGACUUGUAUUUCUAUUAUACCGAUCCUCAUGGUAUGACUCAAGGACCAUUUCUUGGAGCUGACAUUUUGUUGUGGUUUGAAGAGGGUUAUUUUGGUUUAGACUUGCCAGUACGUUUGGCAGAUGCUCCUGAAGGCAGCCCUUUCCAUAGUUUAGGUGAGGUCAUGCCAAGCCUUAAGUUGAGGGCAGUGUAUCUUAGUUCUGAGUUAGAGCAGUCUGGGGCUUUAGUUGGAGAGUUAGAGCCUGAUUUACCUAGUGGUUCUAUUCUGGAAAAUACAGAUCCAUCUGCAUUAACUGAACUUGGCCAGCCAUUGUCGGACCUCACCGACCUCUCAGUUCAGCAUGCCCAGUCAAGGAUGUCCGAGUCGGAGAAUCCUCUACAAUUGCCACAUUCUGAGGGUCAAAACUUUCAUGAUUUUGUUGCACAAGAUGAAGAAAUUGUUUUUCCUGGAAGACCAGGGAGUAGUGGCUAUUCUACCACACAAUCAUCUCGGAGUUCUCGUGAUCUUUUAGCAAAUUCAAACGGUCUUCCAUCUCUUCCAAAUGAAUUGGCAGAUCCUGGUUUGCCGUAUCAGAGUGAGAACAAGUUACACCCUUUUGGCUUAUUCUGGUCUGAGCUUGAAGGCUCCCAAGCUAGACAAAGUGAGCUAUCUGAUUUGUCUUCAAGCCUGGGAAGGUCUGCCCCUUUUGGUGCUUUGAGCGACCCAGCUUCCGUUUCAGAGAAAUGGGCUGAUGUUUAUAGACAAGAUAUGCUUUCUGUCCCUAACUCAUAUCAAGAUGCCACUGCAGCUCACCAUAUGCCCCUUGUUGAACAAGAGCCAAACCAUUUUGAUCUAGCAGAGCAGCUUAUAUCACGUAAAUUUCAGCAGCAGCAGCAGCAGCAGCAGCAGCAGCUCCAACAACGAAAUAUGCUGUCAUCUCAUUCACACUUGAAUGAAUCACUUUUAGAACAUGUACCAGGGCAAAACCUUAUGCACCAUCCACUGGCAAACCAUUCAAUGCCAGAUUUGGAACAUCUUUUGGUACUUCAGCAGCUGCAACAACAGCAACAGCAGCAACAGCAGCUACAACAGCAGCAGCUACAACAACAACAACAACGGCAGCUUCAGCUCCAGCAGCAUCAGUUACAGCAGCAGCAGUUUCAACAGCAGCAGCAGAAGCUCUUGCAGGAACGACAACAAUCACAAGCUCGACAGGUGCUUAUUGAACAGUUGCUGCAUGGUCAGAUCUCUGAUUCUGGCCUCCAGCAGUCACGUGUUGAUCAGGUCUUAUUGGAGCAGCAACUUCUUCAUGAGCUGCAACAACAACGAUCCCAUCAUUCACAGAGGCAUUAUGUUCCAUCUGUUGAGCAGCAAUAUGGUCAGGGAAAAUUUGGCCAGACACCACAACAGGAUCCGCAAAGAGAAAUGUUGGAGCUAUUGUCACGUGCACAGCAUGGCCAGAUGCAAUCUCUAGAACAUCAGAUACUUCAGGAACAGCUGCAAGCGAGGCAAUUAUCAAUGGGAGUAAGACAGCGGAUGAAUAUGGAAGAAGAGAGGCAUAUUGAUUCUAUGUGGAAUAUUAAUGAGAAUGAUCACUUCCUUAGGGGUCUUGCUGGUAAUCCCAGAUCUCACGCUUCUGGAGUUGGCCAGUUAGAUCUUUAUCAGCGGCAGCAGAGGGCAUUACAUGAAGACCAGCUGAGUCAUAUGGAGCGAAAUCUCUCAUUUCAAGAUCGAUUACGGCAAGGAGUUUAUGAACCUGGGUCCAUGAAUUUUGAGAGAUCUCUAUCCUUGCCUGCUGGUGCUUCAGGGAUGAAUAUGGAUAUUGUCAAUGCUAUGGCUCAUGGUUUAGAUAUACAUGAGUUGAGCACGCGAAUGCAAUCUGCUGGUCAAGUAGGGACAUUGUCUUCUGGCAGCCAUCCUCAUAAUCAUCAUCAUCCCCUGGUUCAGAACCAAUUCCAUGUUCCCCACAUGGAUGCAAUUGACAGUCGCUGGCCUGAAAGCAGUGGGCCACUAGCGAAUGACUGGAUGGAAUCUCGAAUGCAACAAAUGCACAUUGAUGCUGAGCGGCAGAAAAGGGAUUCUGACACUAAAUUGACUACUGUAGAUUCAAGUUUUUGGAUGUCAGAUGGAUCUAAUGAUGACAAGUCAAGGAGAUUGCUAAUGGAAUUGCUUCAUCAGAAAUCAAGCCAUCAAUCUGCUGAUUCACUACAGCUAAAUGAUGGCUUAUCUUCUUCUGACAAUAGGCUGCCAUCAGGCCUCUACUCCGGUUCGAGCUCUUUGGACCACCAUUUCAGUGUUGCUCCAGACCAAGAAGCUAUUAUGAACAAUUCAUUUGGAAUAGGAUCUUAUGUUUCUAAUACUCGUGAACCAGCGAAGGUUGCUGGUGAACAGGCCAGCCAUUUGGGGAACACAGAAAAACUACUUUUCAGAUCUGAAUCUGGGGCAACACGUGAGGGGCAUUCAUCAUUAUAUGGCAUUAGUGAGACUCCUCAGGCAGCUCUCAAGGAUUCUAACUUCAUGGAUAAUUUUUCCGCCAAUCGUGGGUACCUAGAGGUUGAAGGAAGGAAAUAUGCAUCCAAAAGCCAGGGCAUGCCAAGGGUUCCAGUUACUGAAAUUCAAAAUGGCAUAGCUGAACAAACAGAUUUGGCAACUACUGGUCGUGGAGAGGUUCAGGUUAAUGUUCUGAGCAGGCACUCUUCUCUCAGUGUUCCUGGCUUUUACGAUGACAAGAGUGGACAACAAAAUUCUUUUGCUGAAGAUAUUUCCAUAAAUCAGGUACCUGUACUAUCCAAAGGACAAGAAAAUAUAUUGUUGAGGCGACCACCUGUCCCUCGACCUUCAGCAUCCCAAGAAGGGCUUGCUGAGAGUGUUUCUGAUACGAUUAUGAGGGGGAGAGUCUCCAGUGGUAUUGAGGGGCCUAAUGCAGCAAACCAAGGUGCUGACAUGGCAUCUAGCAAGAAGGAUGUGCGUUUUCGACGAACGUCAUCUUGCGGGGAUGCUGAUGUUUCGGAGCCAUCAUUUAUAGACAUGCUUAAAAGUAAUGCAAAGAAGAUCCCAGCUCCUGAAGGGCACAUGACAACAGAAGCAUCGGACGGAGGACAAGGUGGCCGAGGUGGAAAAAAGAAAGGAAAGAAAGGAAGGCAAAUAGAUCCAGCUCUUCUUGGUUUUAAAGUAACGAGCAAUCGGAUUAUGAUGGGUGAAAUCCAACGGAUUGAGGAUUAGCACUAGGAGUAGCAUUUUGUAACUUCAUUUUGUAUAUUUUUUAAGUUUACAAUCUGUAUAGGCUUCACAUCUGUAAAGAAUAGAUAGAUUGAUUCUUUAUUUUAAGGUUAAAAAAGAAAAAGAAAAAUCCGCCAUACCCUUUGCUUGUUCAUUUUAAACCUGAUUCGAGGCAUAGAAGACGGUGGGAGAAUUAUGACUAGACUCUGGUCUAGUGUUAAAAUAUUUGUAUAGAAUUUUAACUCCAGAUUACAAAAUACCCUAUUAAGAAAGAAUUGAUUAUAUUUUA